AAAAAAAAAAAAAAAAAAAAAGAGAAACUCUUUUUUUUCUUGUGUGAUUUUUCUUUUUCUCUCUCUCUUUUCUUUAUUUCUUUUUGCUUUUUCUUUAAUUCCAAUUUUUUCUUUAUGUGUGUUUGAUAGUCAUGGCCACUGUAAAAAUAGAAAAUCAACAACACAACAACAGAGCAAUCAAAGUCAAAGUAUUCUAUACAUUACGUGGAUCAAAAUCAACUCGACUCACCAGCUUUCCUCUAAACGAUAAUGAUAAUAAAGCGAGCGAUUUGUCUUCAUUACCCAUUCCUUUAAAAACCUGUUUAUGGUCUAUUUGCUCUUCUAGCCCUGAUAUCAUAUGUAGGGAUCAUGACUUGUCUAUCUAUACCGCCAAUUUCCAAGAAUCAGGGCUUGGUCUAAGCGAGCCACAAGAGAACCUCAAGCGCGAUUCUUUUAUAUGGGAAGGCCAUGGUCUAUUGACUUGGAUCAUGGACCAGUCAAAAGAAGAAUUGUUUAUUUAUGGAAAGCCGUCUUAUGAAACAGAUCCUUGCCUUCAAGUCUAUUUGGAAUUACAACCCACAAUGAAAUGGCAAAAAGAAGACUUUUUUUCUGCACUAAAAACAAAAUCAUUUGAACAAUUUAAGACAUCUUCACAAUCACCUAGUCACCCAAUAUGUAAUUGCUAUUCUACUUUGGAAGAUCAAUAUUUGAGAAAUCCACCUGUAUCACCACCUCCUUCCUCUCAUUUCAAAACAAGUGACACUGAAUUCGACCGGUAUUUACGACAUCGAAAUCAAGAUGGAGAUAAUGCUAGUCCACCACUGCCUUCCCGACUACCUUCUUUAUCAUCUUCUGUACCAGUAUUUCGCCCAGAACCGAUUUUCCCAUCUUCAUCUCCUUCAUCUUCAGCAACACCAUCCAGUAAUACGAAUGACUUUAUCAAAAAGCGACCCCGUUUAUCUUCCCCUACAAAAGCUUACUAUAACAACACGACUGAUGACCAACAUCACCCACAUUACCAUAGUGAUAUGACAUUGCCCAUUCCUUCCAUGUCUUAUUCCAAAAAGCCAGACACAAGCAGAAGAUCAGCAUUUACAGUAGCUUCAGUUGAUAAAGAACAAUACCGUUAUUUGCCUUCUAAUUCAACUUCGUCCAAUUCUUCUUCUGGUUCACCACCGCCAGCAUCGAUGUCCCAUUAUAACGAUCAACAAAACGAUCAUACCAUGAUACCAGUCAUUUAUGCUCCUAGUAAUAAGAAGAGAAAAAAGAAUCUUGCUAUUAUGCCAGCAUCAGAACCAUCAGAAAAUGAAUUGAUCUAUCCUAAACAACAACAACAACAACAACAACAACAACAACAACAACAACAACAACAACAGUCACAACAACAGCAGCAAGUCAACACGAUUGUUCGUACUUAUUAUGAAGUAGACAAAGAUAAUAAGGGUGAUUAUAUCUUGCCUGUUGAAAUUGAUUCUUGGACAGUUGUCGAUCUUGGUACAGUUAUUUAUGACAGACCUGCCUAUCAUAACCAACGCUACAUUUACCCUGCGAAUUAUACAGUGCGCAAAUGGUACAGAAGUAUGAUCGAUCCUAAAAGUGAUACGCAGUACACUUGUCGAAUUUUAGAGAACGGAAGAGAACCCAAAUUUGAAGUAACAGCUGAUGAUUGCCCAAUGACGUAUUCCGGGCCUACGCCUACAACCGUUUGGACAAUCAUUGUUAGGUACUGUUGUGUAUGUUGUCUAUAUAUAUCAACUGAUUUUAUGUAUAGACGUGCUUUUGCUAUCAGAAACCAAGAAUAUGGACAUAAUCCUGUUGGUCCAGAUUUCUUUGGACUAAGAAAGAAUACGAUUGCUAAAAUGAUACAAGAUUUACCAAAUGCAUCCAAAUGCUCGCAAUAUGUUUGGCAAACAUUUGAACCUGCUCGGUUUAAUAAACCAGGGCGUAACAGACGCAGAGCAGAUUCCUCCUUACCGGGCUCUUUAUUGGGUGGCGUCAAUUAUGGAUUGACCAGUAGUCGAUUAAUGCACAAUACAAAUUUAGCCCCUACUCAGCAAUCUUAUCAUAGAAACAAUGCUAGUGAUAACCAAGACAAUGAAAAAGAAGACAGCAUGCAUCCUCGUGAUUCUAAACCUAUAGAGACUGCUUAAUCUUUUUCUUAAAAACAUUCCUUAUUUUCUUUUAUGUAUUUGAUUGCUAUUUAUUAUGUCUACAUUCGUUUUAUUAUUAUAAUAUAUAAAUAUGUGUAAGCGAUA